AUUAGUAAACUCGGGAUGGUUUAGAAGGCUGUGUCAAGGUCGAUUAGAUCUCACCUUAGUUUAUCACCACAUGAUCAUACAGCUGACCUUUCGGGUGUGUGCGCGCGCGCGCGUCUAUGAGACUCAAGCAAUAAACAUCGAUUCCACCAAUCCCUCUCUAUCACUAAGACACCAUCAUUAAUCCGUUCAACAAACUGCUUCAAAAAUAAUAAAGACCCAAGAAGAAGACCUCGGGAAGGGUAAUUUAUUAGUAAACUCGGGAUGGUUUAGAAGGCUGUGUCAAGGUCGAUUAGAUCUCACCUUAGUUUAUCACCACAUGAUCAUACAGCUGACCUUUCGGGUGUGUGCGCGCGCGCGCGUCUAUGAGACUCAAGCAAUAAACAUCGAUUCCACCAAUCCCUCUCUAUCACUAAGACACCAUCAUUAAUCCGUUCAACAAACUGCUUCAAAAAUAAUAAAGACCCAAGAAGAAGACCUCGGGAAGGGUAAUUUAUUAGUAAACUCGGGAUGGUUUAGAAGGCUGUGUCAAGGUCGAUUAGAUCUCACCUUAGUUUAUCACCACAUGAUCAUACAGCUGACCUUUCGGGUGUGUGCGCGCGCGCGCGUCUAUGAGACUCAAGCAAUAAACAUCGAUUCCACCAAUCCCUCUCUAUCACUAAGACACCAUCAUUAAUCCGUUCAACAAACUGCUUCAAAAAUAAUAAAGACCCAAGAAGAAGACCUCGGGAAGGGUAAUUUAUUAGUAAACUCGGGAUGGUUUAGAAGGCUGUGUCAAGGUCGAUUAGAUCUCACCUUAGUUUAUCACCACAUGAUCAUACAGCUGACCUUUCGGGUGUGUGCGCGCGCGCGCGUCUAUGAGACUCAAGCAAUAAACAUCGAUUCCACCAAUCCCUCUCUAUCACUAAGACACCAUCAUUAAUCCGUUCAACAAACUGCUUCAAAAAUAAUAAAGACCCAAGAAGAAGACCUCGGGAAGGGUAAUUUAUUAGUAAACUCGGGAUGGUUUAGAAGGCUGUGUCAAGGUCGAUUAGAUCUCACCUUAGUUUAUCACCACAUGAUCAUACAGCUGACCUUUCGGGUGUGUGCGCGCGCGCGCGUCUAUGAGACUCAAGCAAUAAACAUCGAUUCCACCAAUCCCUCUCUAUCACUAAGACACCAUCAUUAAUCCGUUCAACAAACUGCUUCAAAAAUAAUAAAGACCCAAGAAGAAGACCUCGGGAAGGGUAAUUUAUUAGUAAACUCGGGAUGGUUUAGAAGGCUGUGUCAAGGUCGAUUAGAUCUCACCUUAGUUUAUCACCACAUGAUCAUACAGCUGACCUUUCGGGUGUGUGCGCGCGCGCGCGUCUAUGAGACUCAAGCAAUAAACAUCGAUUCCACCAAUCCCUCUCUAUCACUAAGACACCAUCAUUAAUCCGUUCAACAAACUGCUUCAAAAAUAAUAAAGACCCAAGAAGAAGACCUCGGGAAGGGUAAUUUAUUAGUAAACUCGGGAUGGUUUAGAAGGCUGUGUCAAGGUCGAUUAGAUCUCACCUUAGUUUAUCACCACAUGAUCAUACAGCUGACCUUUCGGGUGUGUGCGCGCGCGCGCGUCUAUGAGACUCAAGCAAUAAACAUCGAUUCCACCAAUCCCUCUCUAUCACUAAGACACCAUCAUUAAUCCGUUCAACAAACUGCUUCAAAAAUAAUAAAGACCCAAGAAGAAGACCUCGGGAAGGGUAAUUUAUUAGUAAACUCGGGAUGGUUUAGAAGGCUGUGUCAAGGUCGAUUAGAUCUCACCUUAGUUUAUCACCACAUGAUCAUACAGCUGACCUUUCGGGUGUGUGCGCGCGCGCGCGUCUAUGAGACUCAAGCAAUAAACAUCGAUUCCACCAAUCCCUCUCUAUCACUAAGACACCAUCAUUAAUCCGUUCAACAAACUGCUUCAAAAAUAAUAAAGACCCAAGAAGAAGACCUCGGGAAGGGUAAUUUAUUAGUAAACUCGGGAUGGUUUAGAAGGCUGUGUCAAGGUCGAUUAGAUCUCACCUUAGUUUAUCACCACAUGAUCAUACAGCUGACCUUUCGGGUGUUGUCUCCGCCUUAGAAGGAGGCUGGUUUGGAUCUGGCAAGAACCAUCACAGAUCAAGUACAGCUCCCUGAUUUCUGACAUCGCCCUUGAGAAGCUACUGCGCCCAGGCACCGUCAGCCAAGAAAAUGGUGAGCUACGAUGAUGCCCGUGAUUAUGUGACAUCCCUGUUCAUCAUGCUGAAGAAGGAACCAGUCAUCUUGUUCCGCAUCGAGUUCCUGGUGGUCCUCGUCACGCUGCUCUUCUUCGCCAUGUUCCUCAUGGAUUUCUUUCGCCGCAUCAUUCACAACCCAUUCAUGAGGGCCGUCUUCAGCAUCUUCGACGGCGUCUCCGACUCCAUUGUCUUGUACCUCCUGGGGGCCAUGCAGUCGGCGCCUUUCAAGAACCAGCUGUUCCCGAUCUGGGCUCUUGUGCUCGUCAAUUUCCGCUACAGCGCAGACUACAUCUCCGGCUACGGUGUUCCUGACCGCCGCGGACGAAGGUUCACCGAGUGGAGGAACGUGUUCAAGCUCCUGGGGUCGGCAUUCUUGACUUGGACGCGUGGAUCCAGCUUCACGGCUCCACUCUGGUCCGUCUGGUGCCUGCAGAUAGUGAGGAGCGCGUACAGAUUCCACUCACACAAUCUGGCAUUCCGCUCCCUCUGGCAUGGCGGGAGCUCACACCUGGUUGCAGAGCACAUGCGUGCCAGGUACAGCAACUUGCAACCAGACAGCAACUCGCAACCAGCAGCCAGCCCAGUGACGAUGGAAGACUACAGCUACUUGGUGUAUGGAGAAACGAGGCGAAAUUUCAAGCUAAAGAAGCCUCAGUAUGCAUUGUCUCCUCACCGGCCAAGAAAGAUCUGGCAAGCUAGAUGUUGUUGUGUAAGAGUCGUCUUCAAUACCAGCAGCCGCACGUCCCAGCAGGAGUCGUCGCCACUGAUCACGCUGGACAAAGUCUGGAAGUACUGUCCCAUUCACCAGCCACAUAACCAGGAGGAGGAAGAGGACCUAAAGAAGGACAAUGACCUAAAGGAUAUCACUUUGGCCUUCGCCUUGUCAAGGCUGCUGCGGUGCAGGUUUGAGGAUGUGCCGCUGCAAGCAAGUAUCUUCGAAAUACACCGUGAGCUGAUCAAGAGCAUAAUUGGUGGGAAGCUGGGCACCAGCGAUGUCCUCAGGAUCAUGGAGCUGCAGCUUGCCUUUGUCCACGACUAUUUCAACACCCGCUACCCCAUGGUGUUCUGGUGUGGGCGCCUGUCUCUCCUCAUCACUCUGUUUCUGUCCGUGCUCACCAUCGGUGCUGUCUGCUGGCUUGCUGUGGAUAUCCGUAGGGUCUAUAAGCCCCCGAAUGGCGAGCUUGCCAAUCUGGUCAAGGGCUUUAAUAUUGACAUGAUCAUUACAUGGGCAUUCAUUUUGCUGAUGAUUGCCAAGGAGGUCUGGGAGAUGGUGACCUACUUACUCUCCGACUGGACAAGCUUAAUCCUGGUGUGCGAGUAUGUGCAGAGGAAGUGCAAGAGGAUCGGAGGAUCUAUAGACACAAGGAUGGAUCGCAUAUUAUUAUGGUUUUCCAGAGCUAAGAUUACUGACAAGAGGUGGCAUGGACAUCUUGACCAGUAUGUCUUCCUGCAGUCGUAUGAGGACAGACCAAGAUUUUGGAAUUUUGUUCACAACCUAACUACCGGAAUAAUUCCAAAGAAAGACGACGGGGCAAAGCUCAGCAGUGCCAUCACAGUUCCCGAGUGUGUCAAGAAGGCAGUUCUGGAGAAGCUCAGCAUAAUGGUGGAGGAAAAAAAAGAUUGUAGUCUGCCCAAGGACCAACAUUGUAGUCUGCCCAAGGAAAAACAAGAUUGUAAUCUUCCCAUGGACCUCAAGACAUUGUCCAACAGCAACCUUAGCGAGCAGUUGCAGAACUACAAGUCUUACACCGCACCACCGAUGAGCACCGACAUCGUCUUGCCGACAAGCUCUCACAUCAUUCUUGCGUGGCACAUCGCGACCAGCCUCUGCGAAAUGGAGCUUGCGAAUAAUCACGGUGUCAACUUGAGCAAACCUGGGUUUCCGCGCUCGCUGUUGUGUUGGUUGACUUCUUGCUGCUCCUCCAAACCUUAUCUUAUGGAUUUGGGUGAGAAGAAAGAUGGUAUCUUGUCAUGGUUCACAAAUAGCUGCUCAUCAAAGUCAAAUGGGAAGUUGCCUGACAAGCUUCGGGAGUCCUACACCAUUGCAAACAGCUUAUCGCGGUACUGUGCAUAUCUGCUGGUUGCAAAGCCUGACCUGACCCCUGAUAGUUUUCUUGUUCCCAAGAUAGUCUUCCAGAAAACCGUCGAGAGUGCUCAUGACGGCAUCCUGAAAAAUUGUGAUUCAUUAGAGAGCAGGCGCAUAAAACUGAAUGAAGCAGACGAACCUAUCGAAAACUCCGAAGAAGAUGUAUUGAAACAGGGUGCAGCACUGGGCAAGGAACUGCUCAAAAUUCCAACUGAUGAAAUUCGCUGGAAGAUCCUGGAAGAGGUAUGGACUGAGUUACUUAUACACAUUGCGCCCACGCGGAAUGCACACGCGCACAGGAAGUGUCUCUCUGGAGGGGAGUUCAUAACCCACAUAUGGGCAUUUCUUUGGCACUAUGGCAUUCAGAAGAGUAGCUUGUGGCCAAAUGAAGUUGCACUAGCAAACCGUGCCCCUGCAGCGCCUGAGAAUGAUGGCGUCCGAAAUGCAAACAAUAUGGAUGAACCAGUGCAAGUUUGUGCAGACGGAAGUGCCGAGCAGACUGGCGCUAAUGUUCGUGAACCGGAUGAGAUCAUGGGAACCCAGGAGCAUGAGACAAGAAACUCUAGGAGAGUGCUAACAAGGAUGGAGAGAACAGAGAGUUCAGAAAUCGAGGAGGGGUCUCAUGAUGCCAUAGCGGAGGACAGAAAUUUUCAGAGAGGAAUGGCUGGUCAAACCCAAAACGGGAGUGAGGCAAACAAGCUAGGUUGAAGGCAUAGUUCCAGAGCAGCGCAACAUGACCUGAAUGGUGUGCCUGAAUUAUGCCAUAAGUUCCGCAACAAGAUCGCGAGCCUGCACCGAGAAUAUGUUGAUCUUCUAUUUGGGGACUUGAUUCCCUUUGUUAUAUGGAUGUUGUUCUUUAUUUCUUUCUUUUUUCCAUACAUCUGAGUUCUUUGUGAUAGUACGUAUCUUUUAUUGGACUCUCACCUCAUACGUUUGUGAUAGUGCGAGAGCAGACUGUUAUGCUCACCUUAUUAUCGCGCCUUUAUAAAUUAUACCUUAAUGCUCAAUUUGGAAUUCCGUUAUUGCUCAGCAACAGAAACAAUGGUCAUCUUUUUAUAAAA